UAGUACCGUUUGUAGGAUCCAGUGGCUAGUGCGGCGCUGAUUGAGGAAGAGGAGGACUUUGCGUGCGCGUGUUUCGCUCGAAAUAACAUGUCGGAUACGCGUCGCCGUCGAAAAUCGCAUCAUUCCGGUGCAUCGGACGAUCUCUCGGACUCCUAUGACGAGUUAAAUGCCACGAAGGAGACGCAGAGCAGUGAACAAACUGAGGCUCAACACGAUUCCGAAUAUGACACAGCUGGCAGUGAUACAGAUACAGAAUCACAGGAUGGUGCCCUACGUGAAAGCGGAGAUGGUCAGGAGGAAGAUAAGCCUCAGCGUAAACUGGAUGAUGAUGAGGAUAGACGUAAUCCGCAGUAUAUACCAAAACGCGGUACCUUCUAUGAACAUGAUGAUAGAACAGCAGAUGAGGUGACGGACACAGCUGUUGAACCACCUAGUGAACGAGAAACAAAAGAGAAGAAAGUGUGGAAGGACAAAGAGGAUAGAUGGAAUCACGAUAGAUAUAAUGAUGAGGAACAGGCACCAAAGAGCCAUGAAGAACUUAUAGCAGUGUAUGGAUAUGAUAUUCGAAAUGAAGAAGGUCCACCUAGAGCACGUAGGAGAAGAAGAUAUGGACGAGGGCCAAACAAGUAUACACGUAAUUGGGAAGAUGAAGAUGCUUAUGGGAAGACAGCAGGUACCGUCACUCCUGCUAAAGGAGGAGGCAGAAAGUCGAGAGGUGGUGAAGAAUUCCCUGCACUGGGUGCCAAUAAUAGUAAAGAUUCUUCUCAGAAUUCUCCAGUAGGAACGGAGGAGCCAGUGAUAACCUCCGCCUGGUAUAGCAAUAAGAACAAAUCUCAGAGCAAAGUUCAGGAUUUCCCGCCGUUGCAAUCUCAAUCCGAUAAUCACAAAACGAAGCCAAGUGGAACGGCUAAUCUCCAGCAUACGAACGAGAAUCGAGCUCCAAACGAGCCAACAAAUCCUGCCUGGAAAAAAGAGCCAAAAAACUCGACUCAGAAUCAAAGUCCUAACCGAAAUUCCGGUGGUGGCGACGCCGAUAAAUCUUUGCAUUCUAAGGCAUCGCCUCGUGACGUCAAUAAACGACACGUCCAGGAGUCAGUAAGUCUAGUCGCGAGCAGAGUUCGCGGUCGAGGCUUUAAGGCUAACGCUAACAACAAUGCAGUCACUAAUAGAACAAUGGAAACGAAGCCGAAAGGACGUGGUGCUGGUCCUAUCUCUGCAGAGAAUAGAAGGAAUAAUACUGGUGGUCAGCAUGAUGAUGAUCAGCAGCUCGUCAAUAAUAUGAAACAUAUGAACGUCAAUGAUGGAGCUGGUUUCCACCAGGGCGGAAGGCAAAACAAAAAUUAUUAUUCAAAUUCUUCCGGACAGCAGAGGCCCAGUACAGUUCCUCCACGUAUGCAACAGCAAUCGCACCAACAACAGCAGCAAUCUCAUCAGCAGCAACAAGAUGCUUCCGGGAACAGGCCAAAACGGUAUUCCAGCUUGCGUCAGAGACCUGCUAUACCAGAAGGACCUGGACAACCUGGAUAUCAACCUCAGCAUGGUCAACAUGGAUACUACCCUCCGCAAGGCGGAAAUACGAGAGCUGUCCUAGAAUCAUCAGGUUAUCCUCAAGGUCCAUUUGAACAAACUCCACCUGUACCAGCACCGGCUGCACCGAUGGCUGCCCAACCUGUAAUUCCAUUGCCUCCAGGAGGUCAAGCAGCAAACUAUGCACCCCCAGCUUUCCUGGUGCCAUCGCCUCAGUUCAUGCCACCUCAGUCAGCGCCACCUAGCAUAAUCAAUUAUGUAUCGGGUCCUAACGGUCCGACAUUCCAACCUAAUUACCAAGGAUAUCAAGGCUAUAACCCAACGGUCCAACCACCAGGACCACCACCACCUCAGGAACUGUUCCAACCCCAAGGUUGUACCUACUACAGUCCUGCUCAGCAACAGCAACAACAACAGCAGGCAGCACCAAUUAGACGGCCCAAGGCGGCAAUACCUAUUCUACCACCCCCCGAUAAUCAACAACACCAAAUCAACAGAGGACGAGGUCGUAUCAUUCAACAGCAGCAACAAUAUCACAGUAAUCUAGAACCGGGUAAUGUUCAACACACUGAGGCUGAAGGUAAGGUCGAAAUUUUGGAAGGUGAUCAGGCGGUUGUACCCGGGCAAUUCGAUAACGCACAGGGAGAUCAAUUGGAGUUUAAUCAGCAAUACGAGAAGAUUGAAACGCCAGAAUUAGUGACGUCCGAUGCGGUGAACGAAGAAAGUGCAUGCGCGAUCCCUGAUGAAGUUGAAAAGAUUGAUGUACCAUGCAACGACGACGAUGCGGUUCAAGACGAAAAUAAGAAGGUUAGAUUACCUACAAUAUCCACUACGAAUGAUGAUCCGCCCAGUGACGUCACUGAUAAUAAUGAGACUAUUUCAACCAAGUCAGUGGAGUCAGAGAUGGCUAAACCCGAGGCUGAGUUAUGCAUAACUGAAAACAAGCUACUCGAGAGCUCCGUGAUCGAGGAAGCAGCUGCCUAAUCGUUUGUACGUAACUUUUUUAAUAAAAUGUUUGUAAAGGCCACGAAAGAAAUGCCGACUCGCCCGGUCAAAUGUGUUACUUUUGAAAUAUUAUCGUCGUCCUCGGUACAAGUCAAUUUUUGAUCUCCAAUCAGCCCGUCUUAAAAGUCUACAGAUCAAGUUCAGCCUGGUGUUAUCUACUACAACAGUGAAUGUGUAAUACAUACAUCUCAUAAUUAUCUAAUUCGUUUAUAAUUAAAACGGUACUGCAAAUUUACAGUGUGUAAUCUUAUACGAAUCAGAUGAUCACGACAUGGUAAACAACGAAAUAUGGAUUCUGCGAGAAGCGGAAUAAGAGGAAACUGGUCUUGAUGCACCAUGCUAAUUGUUUUUGUUCAUUAAUUAAACGUGAAUUUUAAUUAAAAUGGAAACUUUCGGGAACUGGACGAUUUUGCACGAUAAUAGUAUAAUUAUCUUAUACUUCGCUUUAUUGAUUCCUCUAAUGCGGUAUCGAAGUCGUACGAAAAUAUUUGCAUGCAGUGAAAAAAUAAAUAAAUAAAAUAACACGACGAAAAAUAACGCUGGCGGAUUACUACUCGAUAGUAAACAAUUAUGAUACAAUAUAAUAAUAAUAGAGAAUGUUUAGCUUAAUCAUAACUCUUAUCGCGCUUUGCAUUUGCCGAGUAAAAUCAGAAACGUUGACUUUUAUCGCAAAGCUUCAUAGCCCAUGAAUUUUCGUGGUUCUUCUAGGACAGGUACGCGUAUCGCGUGCGUGGUGCCAGAAACUUUAUCUUGUUUUAAAUUCUUAUUGAAAAUAAAAAAGUAAUUCAGGCAGAGAUACAAAAAUGCACGUAUAACUUUAUAACUGCGACUCAACAUCACCAUUUAAUUUUUUUACUUUUUGAUAUUCAGUUUUUGACAUUGAACCAAGUAUUAUGUCGCGAGUUUUAUAUUAUUUUGAAAAUAUAUUUACAUUGUUCUGGCAUGAAAAAAAAAAUCGUUUUUCCAACGCAAAACCUUACAGGUACCAUUAUAACGUUUCGAAUGCUGCUGCUAGUUUGGGGGGUUGCGUUAUUUUAAUACGGUAAAUAUUUAAAGAGAAAAUAAUAGGAGCGCGUAUCACAAUGGGGGUUAUAAGGUAGCAAUUUUACAUGGCUCGUGAUGGCGUACGUUAUAAAUGAUUAUCCAAAAUUCGAAAAAGGGUGCGUACCAAACAAAAGAAUAUACGAAUUAUAUAUGAGAAAGGGAGUCGAGAGGGUGACUUUAGAUUGGAUAGCCGAUGUACUAUGUACACGAAUGCAGACUAAUGCUUAGGUAGAAACGCGUGUUUAACCAGUUAACUUAUUUAUUGUUCGCGUAAGAAGAAGGCCGGGAGGGUGGGCAGCACUUUGUGCCAAGGUCACAGUACUAAGCAAUUAAGUCUAAUUCAGUACGGCGAAUUGAUACUAAACAAACGACGAUUAUAAUUAUUUUAUUUCUUUUUUUCCUGCCCUUUACUGAAUACUUUUUUCUUUCGUACACUUUCUUCCCUAUCUUUUACUCACCGCCCACUCCUGUUGAUCUUCAGUGGAACCUUUUUUUCUUUUUGUAAUUGGAAAAGAAAAACCGUGUUUGUACAUUAUAAUAUUACACAAGAGAACAUGAAUUAUGUGAAAUGUUUAAAUGUACACUUUUGGAAUUUUAAAAAUUGGUUUUUAAGGGGGUGAUAGAGGGAUUGAUCAAUGGUAGAGGGAUUUAUUUCAUUAAGACUCAAAAAUCAUUAUCGUCUUCUACUGUGUUUAUAUAUAUAUAUAUGUUUAUAUGUGUUAAACACAACAAACAUACACACAUAUUGAUACUUGUGCGAUUUUGCGCGACUUCUAUAAACUACUCGAUUAUGCUAAAUAUAAUUGAUUUAAACGAAGGGCGAUUCAUUAGACUUACACUUAUAAGUUCCAUGCAAGAAGCGAUCGUUAAAAAAAUAUGUUAUUUCAAUGAUGCGGUUCGUUUGGUUAAAAAAAAUGUAAUAAAAGUGGCGCGCAAUCGAGCGGUAUGAAAUAUUAAAAUUCGAGGUGGAUCGUUUUUUUAGUCGGUAUCCAAUGACGAUAAUAACGGUACCACGUGAGGAAAAGUAAUUCUAAUUGAAAUAAUGGACUAAGUAGGACAUAACACGCAUUCUGUAACAUAUAGCGAUUUUAUAUUUUGUAGCUGUUGUUCGAUCAAGAACCGAGUGUAAAGCGACGAGGGGAAGAUCGUUGUACCUGGAAUAAGUUAAAUAGAAAAUAAAACCAGGAACCCAUUUAGAUUCGCUGCAAGUUGUGCUACCACACGGCUCUCAUGAAAAAUAUUUGACACUCAACGAUAUUGUAUUACUAUUAUUAUUGCUGCUGUUGUUGUAACUGAUUACAAUAUGAUUGAACAUGUGUAUAAUUCAUAUAUUACGUUUACUUGAUUAAAAGUUUAACUACA